UCGCCACUUGAUGACCGCUUGUUGCCCUCCCUCCCCUCGCUUCCCCUCCAUUGUUUGAGGCUUUGGUGAAGGGAUUGACAGACACCGCAUGUAUUGCUGGAACUGCCCAUGAUUUGGAAUAAUACUGAUAUAGGGUAGCGGUGUGUAUGGACACACCGCCCUGUCAGCACAGGAACAGGAUGUGAUGUCAUGACAGUAGCAGCUCCUGUGUUCUGUCCAGCUUCUUCUUUUCACGAGUGGGAGAGCCUCCCCUCCCCACUCCCCCUUUCCAAAGACGGGAUAUGUUUGAAGUCAAACCCCGGGCGGUGGAGAAGAAAGAGUCGAGCACGGAGACGGACGAGGGGCUGGGCAGCAGCGGGAGGAAUUAUGGCUCCGGCUCACUGGGCUCCGGUUCGGUCGGCUCUGGCUCCGUGUACCUGUCAGACAGUCAGGACUGGGUGGUUUCCCCGAGCUGCUCCCCAGACGAAGGUCCCGGGAACAGCGCCAUCUCCCCCAUGCUGGCUGAGGAGACUUUCCGCUACAUGACAUAUCUUGCUUUGGAACCUCCUUCUUAUUCCCACCCAGGCUCUCAGAGCCUCUCCAAAGUCCUCAGUGCUGAUCGAGUGGAACAGAUGACCAAGACGUACAAUGACAUUGAAGUGGUCACACACCUUUUGGCUGAGCGGGACAGAGAUUUGGAGUUGGCAGCUCGAAUUGGUCAGUCACUUCUACAGAGGAACCACCUGCUACAGGAGCGAAAUGAGGCCUUAGAGGAGCAGAUAGCACAGUCUGUAGAUCAGGUUCAUCAGCUGCAACAUGAGCUCAGUAAGAAGGAUGAAUUGCUGCGGAUGGUGGCCAGCGCCUCUGAGGAGAGCGAGACCGAUUCCAGCGUGUCGACCCCACUGCGGCAACCUCACCUGCCGGGGGGAACCGCCGCUGCUGCACUUAGUCAGCUGGAGUCCCUGCAGAGCAAGCUGCAGGACCUAGAGGAAGAAAAUCUGGCACUGAGAACCGAGGCUUGUCAACUCAAAAGAGACACCAUCACCUAUGAGGAGAAGGAGCAGCAGCUAGUGAGCGACUGUGUCAAAGAGCUCCGCGAGUCCAACAGCCAGAUGGUUUCGUUGACUGAAGAUCUAUCUCAGAAGAACGAGGAGCUGCUCAGACACCAGGAGGAAAUCGCUCAGCUGCUUUCCCAAAUAGUCGAGCUGCAACACAGAGUGAAGGAGCUGGCUCUGGAGAAAGAGGAGCUCAGGAUCCACCUGCAGGCCUCCAAAGAUGCUCAGAGACAGCUCACAGCAGAGCUCAACGAGCUGGCCGAGAGGAAUGCUGAGUGUGUAGAGAUGCUCCAUGAGUCGCAGGAGGAGAUCAAAGAGCUGCGCAGUAAAAACAGCCCCUCAGCUGGGAUGCGCCGGCACCUUCCCUACGGCCUCUACCCCAUGGAAUCCUUGGCAGCAGAGAUUGAGGGAACUAUGAGGAAGGAGCUGAGUAUAGAGGAGGAGACCGCCUUUCAGGACCAAAGAAUUUCCCAGAAGCGAGUCUUCCAAACAGUCCGCUCUGUUAAUGCCUCAGUACUACGAUCAGCUUCAGCAAACCCACCAAUCCCUGGCUCCGGACAGAGCUCUCUGGUGAUGACAGCGCAGCCGUUUCAGUCCACACAGGGGGAGGAGGGCCGAGUGGGCCAGCCUGGUUGUCCGGGAGGAAACGAUCUCACUAGAGCACUCCACCGCCUGUCAUUGCGCCGUCAGAACUUCCUGUCCGAGCGACAGUUCUUCCAGGCGGAGCGGGAAAAGAAGGUGCAGGCCCUGGCGGAGGUGGAAGGAGAAGGCAGUUGCUGCAGCUCACCAAUGGGCAGUGCAGUCUCGUCUUUCUCCAACCUGUCGGAUCUCUCCAUCGCCUCCACUGUUUUUAAGACUUUCCUGCCUGAGAAGCUCCAGAUUGUCAAACCCAUGGAAGGCUCGCUGACACUGCACCACUGGCAGCAGCUGGCCAAACCUCACCUGGGAACCAUCCUGGACCCACACCCUGGAGUAGUGACUAAAGGUUUUCGCCCAUUGGCUCAGGACGCUGUGUACCACCUGUCUGACAUGGAGGAGGAUGAAGAAGAUGAAGAAAACAGAAGGAAUGGUAUCCUGGAGAAAGGAGCAGCAGAGCGGAGUAAGGAGGAGGAAGAUGAGGAGGAGGAAGGCGGAAUCACCUUUAACGUGCGCUGCUCAUCUACACCCGAGGAGAAAAAGGACAGAAAGCAUGCGGUAUCAUCUGUCCCAGUGCCGCCGCUCUCCACUGGGAGUCCAGCUGCUUCCUCCUCCAUCAGGUUAGACAUCUGCUCUACACCCCUUCAUGCCACAGAGAAACCCGGCCAAUCGCCUCAGCCCAUUCCAGGAGCCUCUGGAGCAGGAGUCCAAUCACAAAGCCAAACCUUGACAUCGACGGCAGUAUCUUCCUCUGUCCAAAACCCAGGGAAGUGUCAGAGCUCCACCUUUUCCACCUACACCUUCACUACCUGCCGCAUUCUGCACCCGUGUGACAUCACACAGGUCACCCCAAGUUCUCAGUCAUCCCACAUGGCGAACACGCCUAGCUCCAUGAGGACGGGUCCCAGCACCCCUGUGACUCCCUGCAGACUCAGUCUGGGUGACUCUUUCCCCCCUCGACGUCUGCCUGCACCCCCCAGUGGCCUGACCAAGCUGGUCCUAGAGAGGGGUAUUUCUGCACAAGUCUCCAACCCUCCUCCAACCCCGAGACCCGCCCCCUGGCAGCCCCUCUUCCAGCUUCUGCCAAGCACGCCCCCCAACUCCCCCUCCCACUCUCCUGCCCCUUCCCCAGUGCCUACAGAGCCCCGCCAACACCCAGCUGACAAUUUCCUGGCCUCGCGGCCCGCAGAGCUUUUUCUCCAAGACGUUUACGGGUUAAACCUGGGCCGCGCUCCACAUCCUGACCUACCAAGCCCAUCCCAAGAAACCCCAGCCCUCAUCUCAUCCGCCAAAUCAGGCAGAUCCAGGCCCGACCCGGCCAGUGUUGGUUUGGUGGAGAAGCUCCGGCAGCUGGGAUUCACUAAGGUGUUGCAUGGUUCUGAGUCUGAUGCUUCAAUGCCACGCCAGGAUUCUGCCACAUUUGUGUCAGCAGGUGGAGGGAGCCUUUUAGAUGGCCUGAGGCGCAACCAGAGCCUCCCGGCUAUGAUUGGUGCCCGAGCUGGAAAGUCAGCCGGUCACUCAGCUCCUCCUCCUCACCCCAGGACCCUGGCUAUCCCCCCACCUCCAUGGGGGAACCUAAAAGAAAGACGGCGGCAUCUUGCCUCUAUCUCCUACCCAAGUUCGGCCAAACGUUGAACUUAACAGAACAUCAGUCCCCUCCUUUAUUCCUCCACCACAUCUCUCCUCCUUUCUUCCUUUGGAGAGAGAAGUCAGGGCAGCGGUGGGCAGAACAAUCCGUCCUUUUUUGGAACUUAAUUUUAAAGCACAAUUUAAUGAUACUGACUGUUUUUAGCCACCCUGCAUUUUCUGUGUAUGUGGAUGUCUGCCAUGCUGAUAGUUAAAAAGGCCUUAGCUUGCGUCUGAGUGGGUCAUCCUCUUCUCAGUCUUAUAUUAAAUAGACUCAGUAGUUCUCCAGUGAGGCUCUAGAUGUUAGGCACGGGUAGAGAAGGGCAAGAAAGGAAAAUGUAAGUGUACGAAGGUUUGUGGAAGUUGAUUAGAGAAAAGUAAAGGAAGAAGUGAAAGAAGGGCGAAAAGGGUGUCAGUAUGUUUAUGUCAGAAGACGGGGUUUCCGCCAUAUCAGUUAACAUAGGGGGUUCAAGUAGCCCAGGCUGGAAAGCAGGCAUUUUUCUCUCACAAUUGUCAUUAAAAAAUGUUCAGAAAAUCUAUAUUGUUGUAAUAAAGGUAUAACUGUACAAACUUGGUAAUUGAUAAGUUUCGGUUAACGACCCAUUAGCAUACACUAGAAGAAUGCUAUGGGCAAAAUUAGCUUUACUGUAAAAAAACAAAACAAACAGUCGUAAAUUUGUUCAGUUCGAUUCAGUUUGUACAUAUUAACAAUAUUGUGUGCAAAAGUUUAAACAUACAUGUGUAGGGCUGCCACGAUUAGUCGACUAGUCACGAUUACGUCGACUAUUAA